UGUCAACUUAAUUACAUGAUGACACGAGCUGCGCCCUGGGAUCCAACUGAGAUGGUCCGGGAUGUGAUUAACGCAGCUCGAUCGAUGCCACCGUUUACUGAGUAAUGGUGCUGCCUGCUGCCCGUAACGCGGAUUAUAGGGUUGGCAGAUAUCUAUAAAGGCAGGCCCAGACGCGCAAGUUCGGAUUCCGGAAACCAGCUCAGUCUGCUUUUUCCAUUCAUCAUAUCUACCGUUCCUUACAAGGCUUUGUCUACUCAAUACAGUGACUCCCUGACACCGUUUCAUCAUGGGCUCAGAUCGUAAGCUCAUCACCAUCUUCGGGGGUACAGGCAAGCAAGGUGGUUCCGUGGCUCAUUCGCUGCUUCAAAGUCCGGACUUUAGAGUACGUGUAAUUACACGAAACCCCCAGUCCGAUGCCAGCCGAAAGCUUGCUGCUCUCGGUGCCGAGAUUGUUCAGGGGGAUGGUUUUAUGGGCGACGAGAUGCUGUCAGCAUUUAGUGGCUCUUGGGGAGCAUUUGUCAAUAUCAACUCCGAUGACAAGGUCUUUGCCACCGAAGGUGGGCCAACAGAGUUCGACUUGGGCAAAAUAAUCGUCGAUUCUGCUGUUCAGGAUGGUGUGAAGCAUCUCGUAUUCAGUUCUGGUCCUCCUUGCACAGAGAUGACAAAUGGCCGAGUGCGAAUGAAGGCAAUGGACAUGAAGAACAAGAUUGAGCAAUACGCAAGGUCCCUUGGCUCCUUCGAGACUUUCACCCCUAUUGGCGCUGGAUGGUUUCUAGAGAACUUCCUUGGCAAAGAGGUCGCUCCAGUCUUCGGAGGAUUUCCCUAUUUUACUGAUGACGAAGGAUACCUUACUUUCAAAGUCCCAUAUUGGGGAGGAGAUGAACACGUUCCAUGGUUGAGCAUCUCGGACGACUUCGGAGAUAUCGUCCAUGGUAUAUUUCUGGAUCCUAGUCGAUGGAACGGUCACUUCGUUCACGGUGUCAGCGACAUUCGCAGUUUUGAACAAGUUGUCGCGGAUUUCACCGCGGUUACAGGACACAAGGCGCGGUUUCAGCCUAUACUACCGACGUGGGAGGCCUUUGACACGCAUGGAAUCCAGGAACUAGAGGAUGUGAAACUCAUGUUUGGCUUCACGCAGUUGACAGGUGGCCGAUACUUCGGGCCGGAAGAGACAGAGAUCGAUACCGCCAGACAAUUGAAGCAAACCACGGCGUUGUACUUGGGUCGACUGGAAGGCCAACAUAAGUUGACUUCUGCGCAUGACUGGUUUGCUGCAAGAUUUGCAAAUUAAGCUAUUGGUCUCCGUGAUCUCUGGACUACUUGCUUAGGAUUCCGUAGGGGCUGGAAAAGGCCCGAGCCACCUAGCCGUGGAUUGUAUUGAAUGAUUAUGGCAAAUUGUGAUGUUGACCUC